GGCGGCCAUUAGGAAAAGCCAGCGGGCAGUUCAGCCUCAGCAGCCGGUGUCUGGUCCUUCCGGGGAAGUGAGGGUCCCUGGGGCGAUGGCGCUGCGGAGUGGCGAGCCCGCAGGCUAGGCAAGGGCGGGUCUCCCCGGGCGAAAGCCAUCGGGCUUCCGAGGACUUGGCUGCACCCAGAGUUCAGACCAAGCGAAAAGUUCUCUUCGAGAGUCGGCGGCGGAGGCUGCCAUCGUCAGAGCGCGGUCGGUCUCCCUAAGUCACCCCGUCCAUCUCCUGCCAGCCGGAGAAGGUGGCUUCUGUGUGCUCUCUCGGUCCCGCUUUGGAGCGAGUGGGGGCCACGAGGGAAAGUGAGAGGGAAGGGCCCUGGCCGGCCUCCGAACCCGCCCCUGCACUUGGCCUGUGGGCGGCUCGGGUGCUCUGCACUCGGGUCCACGGGCGCGGGCGCACGAGCAGCGUCCAUGGCUGCUCUGGGCUGCGCGAGGCUCAAGUGGGCGCUGCUGGGGAUACGGCUGGCGGGCCGUGGCCUCUGCCCGCACGGGGCCAGAGCCAAGGCCGCGAUCCCUGCGGCUCUCCCCGCUGACGAGGCCACCGAGGCUCCCGGAGCCGGGCCUGGCGACCCGCGGCGUCUGCGGAGCUUGGAGGAACUUCCCAGGUUAGGGAAGCUGCGCUUCCUGUUCCAGCUGUUCGUGCAAGGCUACGCUCUGCAACUGCACCAGCUCCAGGUGCUGAACAAGGCCACGUAUGGUCCAAUAUGGAUAUCCUACGUAGGGUCUCACAGCUAUGUGAACCUGGCCAGUGCCCCACUCUUGGAGCAAGUGAUGCGGCAAGAGGGCAAGUACCCCAUACGGAACGAAAUGGACCUAUGGAAGGAGCACCGGGACCAGCAGGGACUGGCCUAUGGACCCUUCAUCACGAAUGGACAGAGCUGGUACCAGCUGCGCCAGGCUCUGAAUCAGCGGUUGCUGAAGCCAGCUGAGGCUGCACUCUAUACAGAUGCUCUCAAUGAGGUGGUUGAUGGCUUUAUGGUUCGACUGGCCCAGCUGCGGGCAGAGAGUGCCUCAGGGGACCAGGUGCUGGACAUGGCUCACCUCUUCUACCACUUUGCCUUGGAAGCUAUCAGCUACAUCCUGUUCGAGAAACGAAUUGGCUGCCUGGAACAAUCCAUUCCCGAGGACACCGUGAACUUCAUUAGAUCUGUCGGGCUCAUGUUCCAGAACUCAGUCUAUGUCACCUUUCUCCCCAAGUGGACCCGUCCCCUGCUGCCCUUCUGGAAGCGAUACCUGGAUAGCUGGGACAACAUCUUCUCCUUCGGGAAGAAGCUGAUUGAUCAGAAACUCAAGGAGGUGGAGUCUCAACUACAGAAAGGGGGGCCGGAUGGGGUUCAGGUGUCUGGCUACCUGUACUUCCUGUUGGCCAGUGGACAGCUCAGUCCUCACGAGGCCAUGGGCAGCCUGCCUGAGCUGCUCCUGGCCGGAGUGGACACGACAUCCAAUACACUUACGUGGACCCUGUACCAUCUUUCAAAGAACCCAGAGAUCCAGGCAGCCUUGCAUAAGGAAGUGGUGGGUGUGGUGCCAGCUGGGCAAGUGCCCCAGCACAAGGACUUUGCCCACAUGCCCCUGCUCAAAGCUGUGCUGAAGGAGACCCUGCGCCUCUAUCCUGUGGUCCCUGCAAACUCCCGGGUCAUUGCGGAAAAGGAAAUUGAAGUGGAUGGCUUCCUCUUCCCCAAGAACACCCAGUUUGUGUUCUGCCAUUAUGUGGUGUCCCGGGACCCCAGCACCUUCUCUGAGCCUGAGAGCUUCCAGCCCCAGCGCUGGCUGAGGAAGAACCAGCCUGAUAUCCCCAGGAUCCAACACCCAUUUGGCUCUCUGCCCUUUGGCUAUGGGGUCCGGGCCUGCCUGGGCCGCAGGAUUGCAGAGUUGGAGAUGCAGCUGCUGCUGGCAAGGCUGAUGCAGCAGUAUGAGGUGGUCCUGGCCCCUGAGACGGGGGAGGUGAAGAGUGUGGCCCGCAUCGUCCUGGUUCCCAAUAAGAAGGUGGGCCUGCGUUUCCUGCAGAGACAGUGCUGAGCUUGGCCCCUGCCUGCCUGGGGCUUGUCCCAGAGGCUCCAGCCCUGACACAGUAGUUCCUGGCCACUGUGCAUCUCAGAUGAGGUGGGAGAGAAGGGGGCUGCCAAACUCCAGAGGUUGGGGGAACACCAUGCACUUCCCACAAAAUCCCGAGCUUUUGCCACUUUUAUCAUUUUCAGCAGCUCUCUCUUAGAUAAAAGUCCACUCCCUUACCACAUUGCUGUCCUUGGGUACAAUAUAAAAUAAAGGGGCUUUUAUUAAUUAUUGGA